AGGAAUUUCUCUGGACCCUAGUGUACAAGAGGAAUGGAAGAGAACACUGUGGUGCCAGUUUAGGAUGGAGGAUCCGUCCUGGAUCUUUGCAUGCACAGACACCACCCAUGGUUGGUCACGAAGCUUUACCUCCUCAGUGCUGGAAGCCAAGAGCCCUGUAUUAAAGACAGAAUCAAUAGAUGGAUCUUUUAUUAUAAUUUCCUUGAAAUUCCUUUGCUUUUAUGGAUAUCCAUUCUCCAUGUGCUAAGCUCAGGACUGCUGGGUUGAUCCCGGAGAUGAGAUUUUAAUUCAUGCUCAUCCCUGAGGACGAGUGGAAGCCAGGUCUCCAGGCAGCUGCAGUGAAGUUUCAGAGCUGUCCAUACAUGGUAUUCUAGAACAGCUGAAGAGGUGGAUCACACCCCAAGUGAUGCCAGCAUGGGGGUAGAUGUUUUGGAAUCAGGUGACACCACGCCUCCUACAAAGAGGAAAAGCAAGUUCUCAAGCUUUGGCAAGAUUUUCAAACCCUGGAAGUGGAGGAAAAAGAAAAGCAGUGACAAAUUCAAGGAGACUUCAGAAGUUUUAGAACGAAAGAUUUCUAUGCGAAAGCCAAGAGAGGAGCUGGUAAAAAGAGGGGUUCUGUUGGAAGAGCCUGAGCAGGAUGGUGAAGAGCCAGAAAAGCUGAACCCGCCUGCGCUGAAGAAUGGCCACACUGUCCCCAUUGGGGGCCCUGGGCUCUGUAACCUGCCCAGCCAGGAGGAAGAGGCCACAAAGCUAUCCAGCCUUAGGAAGGCUGCUCCAGUGGAGGAGCCUAAGAAGAGGCAGGGCUCCUCCAGCAGCCACCCUGGGCCUGAACUGGAACCACCUCAGGAGCCACAUGUUCCCAGACAACCUCUGCUUCCUCCAAAAAGACCUCCCUCCACUUCCCAGGAGGCAAACGAAGUACAGGCAAAGGAUCCAAUACCUGCCAGCAGCACUGCAAGAACUGCCCCCUUCAGCACAGCCCCCACAGCAGCAAAGACAGUCAAUUCCACAGCUGCCCCUUCCCCAGCCCCCAGGACUCUGCUCCCUGCUCCUGCCAGUGCCAACACUACUGCUCCCACCAGUACAACCAGCACAGCUCCUGCCAAACAGCCUCCCGUCCCUCCUCCCAAACCCAGAACAGAAAAUUUCGUCAACAGAAAUAGCAACUCACUAAUAGCUGAACUUUCCCAAGUAAUGACCAGUGGUACAGCCUUGUCCAAGCCUUCCCCUCCUCUCCCUCCAAAGAGAGGCCUCCUGCCUAACAACACGUCAGAGGCUGUCACCUCUAAGCCCCCAAAUGACAGGACAGUGACAGCAAGUCGCCCCGCACCGAUUCCACUGCACGGGACCUCAGCUUACCCACCACCUUCGCCCUCGCCGCCACUGCCCACCCACGUCCCCCCUGAACCUCCACGCGUGGCCCUGCCCACCUCCACCCCUGUCCCAGACCCACCGUGCUCCCUGGACCUGCCCAAGGAGACUCCUCCUCUUCCUGAAGACUUCAGGUCCAUGGAAGUGUUGAAGAGGACAGCAGAACAAGGGUUUGGUGAACCCCACGUGCUGCCUCGUCUGCCCCAAAUCCCACUGCACAUUCGUAUCCAGCAGGCUCUGGCCAGCCCUCUGCCUGUCACCCCACCUCCCGAGGGGUCCCACAGGGCUCACUCAUUGCUCUUUGAGAACGAUGGUUUUGGAGAAGACAAUGGCACCCUGGGCAGGACGAGGUCCCUGCCUGUCACCAUUGAGAUGCUCAAAGUUCCAGACGAUGAGGAAGAGGAAGAUGAUGACCAGGAAGAGGAACAGAAUUCAGGUCCUUGUGUGUAUAUUGGAGAUGUGCCAUCUGUCACAGUCAUCCCCAAACUGGUACCCCAGGUCCUCCCGGAGGAGCAGGAAGGAGACGAAGGGAUGAGUGACUCUGACUCGGAGGGGCCCAUCCUGUAUAAAGAUGAUGAGGAUGAGGAAGAAGAUGAAAGCCAUAACAGCACGCUGGCCAACAAAGUGAAGAGGAAAGAUACGCUCGCUAUGAAGCUGGGGAACACAACCGCGCCGCAGGAGGAGAAGAUCAUCUUCCCUCGGAAGAGCAAGGAGGAGUGGAACGAAAUCCGUCACCAGAUCGGGACAACGCUGAUCAGGCGCCUGAGUCAGAGACCAACUGCAGAAGAACUGGAACAGAGGAACAUUCUUCAGCCGAAAAAUGAAGCUGACCGUCAGGCUGAGAAGCGCGAGAUCAAGCGGCGGCUCACCAGAAAGCUUAGCCAGAGGCCUACAGUGGCAGAGCUGCAGGCCAGGAAGAUCCUGAGGUUUAAUGAAUAUGUGGAAGUAACAGAUGCUCAAGACUAUGAUCGGCGAGCAGAUAAGCCUUGGACAAAGCUGACACCAGCUGACAAGGCAGCCAUCAGGAAGGAGCUGAAUGAGUUUAAGAGCUGUGAAAUGGAAGUGCACGAGGAGAGCAAGCAGUUCACGAGCAGUUGGAGAUUGAAUGUCCCUGUCUGUCUCAGUCCUGGGGGGAGACUGGAGCAGCAGCAGACACAGAAUACCAUCGACCAUAAUGUUCCAAGGAGGGAGCAAGAAACCCGCGCGGGCUGGAAGUUCUCUGCAUCCCUCUCCAAGCAAUACAGUGAGGGUGGAACCUCAGCUCGUCCAAGAUUUGCCUUCCAAACAUAUCCAGAAAGGGCUUUCGGCCAGGGAAGGGGAAUCCUGUCUGAAUGUAGCAUUUCACUGGAACAAACACAUCUCUGACGCCAUCAGGCUGGAACUGACGCUGUGCCUGGCGUGGCUCAGCAGUAGGGCUCGCCAGGAGGCCGUGCCCAGCUCGGACCCCUUCCUCCCAGCUGGCACAGACUUCUCUUGGGGAGCGCAGUUCCUCAUUCCCUCCUCCCUUCCUGAGGAGGGGAGAUGAAAAGCAAAGGCAGCUCUGGUGUUGGGAAGCUGAGGAGAGCAUGUGCUCAGAAGCAAAUGUGUGUAUAUUAGCUGUGUACAGAGAGCCCUGGCAGACAACUGACAUGGCACUUGCUGGUUUUUGGGGGUUUUGCUUUUUUGUCAUGUCCUCAAUGCCCUGAAUCACUACUGACCAACGGUUUGUUGUCCUGGAAGGGAACUGUGUAGAUAUUAACAUAUGCUGCAUCUUUUUGUUAAAAAAAAAAAGAAAAAGAAAAAAAAAAACCCAACAUAUGUAUAAAUGCUCUGCACUCUCUCACACUUGCUGUGAUCUUAAUAACAGAUCUUGAGAUAUUUAGGCUUGUUUAACAAAUUAUAGAACCAGGAAAAAUGACUGUUGCCUUUUUAAAACUUUUUAAUUUGGGGAAACUGUGAGAGUAGUCAGUCCUUUUUAUUGUGGCUUUCUCUCAAAUGUUUUCUACUCUCCCAAAUCAGGGUUGAAGCUUGCCUUUUUCUCAUUUUUACAGCUAAACCUACUGGAAUCUUGAUCGUUUCACUGUGUGGGUCAAAAGGAGGGGAAGAAAAGGUUUAAAAAGUGACCUUAAAAAAACGGUAUUUCUCUUCUGAGAGAAAAAUUCUUCCUCUGUGCGGGUUAAAAAAAAAAAACAAACCUGGUAGGGCCACUGCUGUAUUAUGCACAAAACUAAACGAUCUGUGAGAUGCCACUUGUGCGGGGGUUUGGGGUGGGGAAGGGGGGCGGGAGGAGAGAAGAACUUUCUCUUGUUCACAGAGCAGUGUGGCAACGCGCCGGCCACGGCCCAGCAUCCGCUGGGGCUCUUCCCUCACGGCACCCCCUGUACAGCCGCCAUUACAUUGUAUAUCAGUCUCCGCAACAACAGAUUUUAAUUAUUAAAUAAAAGUAUUUUAGAAUUUUUUUUUCUUAAACCCUGCUUGUGUGUGGUUGUGUCUUUUCAAGCGCUCUCAGUCGGAGCCUGACCGGCGGCUCCUGAGGGGGCGGAGGGCGCUCAGCCAUGGCGGCGGCGCCUCCCCUGCGACCGCGGCUUUUCGCGCUCUUCCCACUGCGCAUGUGCCAACCUCUCUUGCAGCCAUCGCGCAGGCGCGGCUAGCCCGGCCCUUUCCGCCGGGGGUUGGCCCCGCCGCCUAUGCCCAUAUACGGUUUAUCCCCGCCCCUCGUGCGGGACGCACGCGCGCAUUUCUGCCCCGCCCCCGCGCACUAUAAAAAUCGCCUCGCGGCGUGCCCCCGCCCUUUUCACCGUGAGGAGCGGGCAUGGGGAUUGGUACCACGAAAAGGCCGUUAAAGCUUGUUUUGUCCAGCCUGCACCUCCAUCUACCAGAACUGAAAAUGUGAAACACGAUUUUUGAAGGUAAUAUCUGCGUUUAAAAUGUAAUAUUCUGUGUAGUUUCAGUGACGCUUGUUGAAUCAUUGGGUCAAAUUCCAGUCCCGACGAUAUAGGUGGUAGUAAUGCAAGUUCAGACCGCAGGCUCCUAGCUUUGACCAUUGUGUUCCAUUGUGGAUAGAUGGGGAAAAGAAAUUCCUGAGUCUUCAGGGGCAAAAAAAAAAAAAAGCGGUCAUGAGUUUGGCAGACAGAAAAAAAAACCAGCUUUAUUGUGGGACACGAGAAAAAAUCAGGAAAAAACCCUCCUUUUUCCUAAAACAUUGCAGGAGCUGCUGGGGCGAAGGAAUAAAGAAAAAUCCGCAUUUAGUGGGGGAGGGUGAGUGUAUUAAAGAGUCCCCAAGUUGGAUGGCUGCCCUAUUCCUGUUCAUGCACUACAUGUAAUAAAAUACAGCCGCAGAAACCAAAACUCAGUAGAACCAGGGAUGUGUGGAUUUAUGGGUCUUGUAAAGCACGUGUGGCCCUGUCCCUUGGGGGACCUGCACUUGGGGAGUUGGAGCCGGGCCUGGAGUUGCACAGGUUGUGGGUAAGCUGCUCGGGAAGGAAAGGAUGUGCCUAGGGGUUGGCUGGUGGGCUAAGAGCUGCUUUUGGCAUGCUUCAAACUGGGAAGGGGGCUGUGGGGAAGCACGAGGGAUGGGUAAAUAAGGCGUGUGCUCUUCUGGGACUACACAGCUCCACAUGGGUUCGACCCUUGGGGCCGGGAUGUUACAGGGAUGCGAUGCCGAAGGGAGGUGGGUUAUGUAUGGGAUGUGUGUGUUCAGGCCCUGAAAUACAGCUCUCACUCUCACGUUGAUGGCUGAAUCUGUACCCGUCCGCGUUACAGACAACUCAAUAAACUGAACUUGGCUUUGG